AUGACUCCUCCGUUGCUGUCGAAGCCAAAGUUGAACGAAACGCUGGAAUUGUACCUAGCCGUUAGUGUCGUCCUCGCAAGAGAAGAUCAAGGGCAGCAACUGCCCAUUUAUUACAUAAGUAAGUCUCUGCUCGACGCAGAGACCGGGUAUUCUUCCGUUGAGAAACUCAUACUUGCUUUAUAUACAACCGUCAAAAAAUUACGUCAUUAUUUUGAAGCUCACCCAGUGGUGGUGAGGACUAACUUUCCCAUUAAGUCUGUGUUGCAUAGGCCGGAAUUAACAGGUAGACUCGGCAAAUGGAGCAUAUACCUCAGCACAUACAACAUCACCUACCGACCCAGAACCGGUAUCAAAUCCCAGGCACUUGCCGAUUUUGUGGCAGCCUUCAGCCCAGAACUCGAGACGUCAGCAUGCAAAGAAUUGGAUGAAAUCAACAACGUCAUAAAGCAAGCUAUUUGGACUAUGUUCUGCGAUGGAUCGUCUAACCAGAGAGGAGCAGGAUUAGGAGUCGUGCUAAAGUCGCCACAAGGGGAGUUAAUAGUGCAAUCCAUCAGCUGCGACUUCAAGGCAACGAAUAACGAAGCAGAUUACGAAGCCUUAAUAACGGGGAAGAAGAUAGAACAAGACUUACAAGAUAUAGGGCUCAACGUCUUCAGCGAUUCGUUACUAAUCGCCAGUCAAUUAAACGGAGAAUUCGCCGCAAAAGAUUCCAAGAUGAUAGCAUACCUCGAAAAAGCAAAAACCCUAGCAAAGACAUUCAAUCCAUUCACUAUCAAGCAAAUCCCUAGAGACAAAAAUACCCAGGCUAACGCCUUAGCUAACCUAGGGUCGGCCCUCAGAAAAUCACCCUUCUCCAGUAUACCCCUCGUCCACCUAACGGCACCAUCAAUUGACGCCGCAUCAACACCAGACAUCAUGGAGAUAACAACCGAAGACAAUUGGACGAUGCCUAUCCUAAAAUAUUUAAGAGACGACGCCCUCCCUGACGAUCCCCUGGAAGCAAGGAAAAUAAGGUACAAAGCGUCCCGAUACACCAUUUUACAUAACGUAUUGUUCAAAAUGUCUUCCACGGGUCUCCUCCAAAGAUGUUUAGUAGGCGAUGAACAAUGGGAAGCGCUACAAGAGCACCACGACGGUGAUUGCGGAAGCCACGCUGGAGCUAGAGGAUUAGCAACCAAGCUGCUCAGGAUGGGCUAUUUUUGGCAAACCUUGAGAAAAGACGCAGAAAAAUACAUUGCAAAAUGCGACAGCUGUCAGCGUCACACAUGA